CCAUCACCUGUGUGGUAUGAGUGUCACACGGUGAGUUGAGAGCGAGCAGCGGAGCAUCACAGUGAUUUUCUAAGCCAGAGAAAAUAAUUGAUGAAGACUUCUGAUCACAAACUCAAACUUAUAAAUGGGCAACCUUCAUGGAUGACACUCUUGCCUUUUUGAAAGCCCAUGCGAGGACUGGUUGAUGAAGGAUUCCAAUCAUAACGGUGAUAUCUUCAUGUUUCAAACUUUCUUAUGAAGCAACUAUUAAAGCUAGUGAGGCAUAUUAGGAGAGGGCGCCAUGUCAGGUAAAUGUACUUUGAUCGUACCCUGAAAUUGAUGUGUGCUGUCAACAUGCAUAAUGAGCCGGUCAAUGAAUGUCAAUUUUGAUGGAGCACCAGAAAAAAUCUUUUGCAUGAUAUCCAACGUCUUUGUGAAAGUGUUGACAAAAUGAGCAAGGAUUUUUUUUAUCACCACCAGGGAAGUUCAGUACAGGUUAUUAAUAUCUUGUCAAGGGCUUUUAUCUUGUGUUCUUUUAAUUCAGCAGAAGAUGUAGAUUUAUCUUGAAUUGGUUUAGAAUUGUCAUAGACUCUGCAGCAAGGCGAAGAAGUUGCACGUUGUGAAUGAUUCACACAGCUACUCUAGUUUUGUAUCCCCAUCAAGUGCGAUUAAUCACCAUCACUGCCAAGCUCUUCUUUCGCGACUGUUUGCCGAGAGAGAUUUAUUGAGGGUAAAAGUAAACACCAUGGAGGCCAGGAAGAAGAUACCCCAAGAUGCGAAGCCCGAGUCCGUCAUUAUCGAUGUUCAGUCAGACUCGACGGACGGUUACAGCCAGCUGAAUGAGGACAUACUGGAGGAGUGUGGGAACAGCUUCACUGACUCUGAUUCUAACUCCAGCAUCGUCCACUCGGUGAUUGUUGUAGACCAAGCCUGCAGCACCCUUGACAGGACCAAACGGACCAAUCCUCAAGCUGAUCCCGACGUUCUGGUCCAGUCGGUGAAGACACUGACAACGCAGAUCAAAGCGCUGACGGACAACACAAAGCAGCUGGCACUGGAGGGCUUGUCGCUCCGGAACGAGCUUGAGAGGGUGGCGGAUCAGGUAGAUCAAGCAGAGAAGUCAGAUGAACUCACAAAGCUCCUUGCUGUAGAGAAACUGAAGAAACAGUUGACCUUCGGUCCAGGAAGAGGAAGUGAUCAAAAGAGGAAAGGUCAAGGGGAUCAACCCGGUGGAUCUGAGAUGGACCAUGCAAUUGGUAAGUCCUUGUUUGUGUUUUAACUAACAUUUCAAUUUUGUGAUAUUUGUCAAGCAUGACUGCUUCACUGCAAUAUACCAGUGAUGCAAUACCUGCAAUGUAAUAAUGAAAUAACAAGGGCUUUUUAUUAUUGCAAAGGAGACGGCCGCUACAUGAUGUCAUAGGUCCCAAUGCCCUUUUCACUGGACUUUGAUAGUAUUUGACCAUUUUUUACCACUUAAUUUUUCCCCCGAUUUGUACUGAAAUGAAAAAUGUGCCAUUUUGAAAAGAGACCUUGCACUUUAUUGUAACCACAAAUAGUCUAGGUGCCUCCCUCAAUGGCUUAUCUUUUUUUUAAGAAUGGGAACCUUUGUCUAGAUGCUACAUGUACUUUUGAGAGAAUCCACACCGGACAAGAAAACCAUCAUGUAGCUUGUCUCAGGAAUCUGAAGAAAUAGACCAACUGUCUUUGCCCCUCAUUCUAUGAUCCGCUCUUAAUCAACAACAAGAGAUGCUAAUCUCAAUUAUUAGACUAGCCUUUGAGUGUUAAAAGUAAUUAAAAAUGAUGCUACAUGUACAUACAUACAGUAUGCAGCCACCUGGUGUAAAGCUUCCUCCAAUGUGAAACUGCCAUCAUUCUGCUUCACAGAGUGAGCAGUUCAUUUCAAGGCUACUAAAAUUAGUAGCAAGGCUAGAAUACAAGUAUGCACAAAUCUGAAUUGACAAAAAUUGUUUUUGUAGAACUCAUAUUAAAAUCAUUACCACAAUUCGCUUGGAUACAUACAUGUGCGUGUAGACCUGUAGAAAGCAAAUUAUGCAUAGAGUGUCUGGGUCAACAAACUUUGUGAAUAUUUUUGAAACUGUUCAGAAUGAUGCACUUCAUGUACGGUACAUGCAGUUCAAGAAUUGAAAGUCCCUUUAUGAUUCUUACUGGAUGAGCAACUGUAUAAAUUUCUUUUAAUCUUAAUAUGUCACUUAGGUUUUCAAGAUGAUUGAAAUUAAUUUCUUAUUCAUCCACAAGCCCAUUCCAGGAAGCGUUGCCACUUGACAGCUACAUACAUGUAGCAAAAAAUAACUGC